AUGAAGGUUUCCAGCCUCUCAAUCUUAACCUUUCUCCCUACCUCCCUCGCCACAACCAUCUACCUGGCGGGGGACUCCACCAUGGCCAGCGGUGGUGGUGGCUCCGACACAGCCGGCUGGGGUGACUACGUCGCCCAAUACCUGAGCAACUCAAGCGGCAUCACCGUCUCCAAUCAAGCCGUAGCCGGGCGCAGCGCCCGGUCUUACACGCGCGAAGGCCGCUUCGACGACAUCGCCAGCACGCUUGAAGCGGGCGACUAUGUGAUCAUCGAAUUCGGUCACAACGACGGUGGCUCGCUCUCAACCAGCGACAACGGCCGCACCGACUGUUCCGGCACAGGCUCCGAAGUAUGCUACUCGGAAUACGAUGGCGUCAACGAAACCAUCCUUACCUUCCCCGCGUACCUCGAGAACGCCUCCAAUACGUUUAAGAAGAUUGGUGCAACCGUCAUCAUCUCCUCGCAGACGCCCAAUAACCCUUGGGAAACGGGCACUUUCGUGGAUGACCCGCCACGGUUCGUCGGGUACGCGGAAAUCGCCGCAGAUACAGCGGACACGUCGUACGUGAAUCAUUUUGAUUACACGGAUCAGGUAUAUGAGGCGUUGGGGGCGGAUACCGUGGAUGCGUAUUUUCCGAUCGAUCAUACGCAUACCAGUGCGGCCGGGGCGAAUGUCGUUGCUAAGGCGUUCCUGAGGGGGGUUGUUUGUGGAAAGUUGAGUCUGGCGGAUGAGCUGGUGACGGAUGAUUUGGAGUUGGAUGAGUAUGAGUGUUUGGAUGAGUAG